AUAGGGUGACACUGACAGAAAAAAAUCAUGUAGGUACAAAUUGUUGAUUUGUUGAAAAUUUUUGUCUUGUCUUCAAUAUUUUGGAUUUGUAACUGUGUGAGAGAUAUAUUGUUUAAAUAUACCUAUUAUUUAAAAAUGGGCGACGACAAACAAACCGAUGAUGUUCAAUCAGACUUAUCUCAAGCUACUGAGAGCUUAAAAAUUGAGAGUGAACAAAAAGAUAAUGGAGACGCCUCGAAAGGCGACAACAAAGUCAAAAUUGAUAUUCUGUUGAAAGCCACGGGAAAUGCCCCUAUUAUGAAGAAAAAGAAGUGGGCUGUUGAUGCAGAGAAGCCAAUUGGAUGGAUCAUGGAGUUUGUGAAAAAGUAUCUCAAAUUAGAACCCAAUGAGAAAUUGUUUCUGUAUGUGAACCAGACAUUUGCACCAUCUCCGGACCAAUUAGUGAAGAACUUAUAUGAGUGUUUUGGUACUGAUGGUAAAUUAGUGUUACAUUACUGCAAGAGUCAGGCUUGGGGCUGAGUAUAACCUCCAGAGUGUAAACUCCCACAGUGUCAUGUUGAGACUUUUAAAAAUAAGGUGUUGAUUUUAUAUUGGAUCAUGGUCUUUAGCAGGCUGUUAUGGUAUGCAAAGUUGUGUUUAAUGAGUGCUUUAGUCAACAAAUGGUGUGGUUUAUACAGCUUACAUUUUAUCUUUAUUAAAUCAAUUAGCAGUUUUACCAGAACAAAUCACAUGCAGUGCCUAAAGAGGUGGGCCAAUCUCACCCUUGGGUCAUUUAUGGCCUGUCAUCCUUUGUAUCAACCACUGUUGUAACAAAAAAAUGUUGUUCUUUUUAUUUCACCUAUUUGUUGGUUUAUAAUUACACACACACAACAAUAACUGAAUCAGUUUUGAUGUGCUGUAUAUAAAUGUUUUAUUAUACCGGUCAUACCUAUUUUUUAGAAAAAUGUAAGUAUAGUUGUAUUACAUGUAAAAUUGUUUUAGUUCUAGUCACUUUAAUAUUAUAAUCUUUUACUAAAUGUUGCGCUCAGACAUUUAAAUCCUUACUUAAACUUGUCCUAAAAUGCAUCAACAAUAUAAUAUGUGAUUUAGC